AUGCUAUCACUACUAUAUGGGGAUACGUAUUUUUCAGAUGUACCACUGAUGAGUGAUCCAAUUCCUUCGAACGAUGAAGCACCACUACCUUCAGAAAGUAGUGAACCUGUAAAGGACCCCAAGGAAGACCCUGAAGAGGAAGAGCCAGAAGAAGACAUGGAAUCAUAUAAGUUUAAGUCAGAGGGAGAUGUGGAACCUAUGAUUGAAAAAGAACGUGUUACACCACCACCGCCUAUACCAUGCAUGCCAAUCACCGGAAGAAAUCUCACUCGAAAGACAUCACACAAGUCUAUUCUGGUGCGUGGUUGA